AUGUGCUCCACCCACGAUGGCUAUUACACCUUCACCGGCGACGACUCUCCCUUCUACAGCCGCAUCUUCGAAACCUUCUGUGCCGACCCGCCCAAACCCCGAGGCUAUGAUAAGGUAGUCAGGUUCCAACUGCUGCCGUACAAUCCCCGUCCCGCCAACCAGCCCGGCUCGCUCUCCUUCGCUUCCGACCCUACGAGCCCGCGAACCUGUGUGCAACCGGCUAUUCCUCUCCCCCGCGUUCCCAGGGGCCAGCGAAGAACGCACUUGUCCUACGAUCCCACGGCUCGGAAGCGCCAGCACAUCAAGCCAGACGCCGCCAUGGACGUCUCCGGUAUCCUCCGCCCGGUCCACGGUUUCGGUGCCUACAUCCCGAGACCGCUGCUGCCGCCAUCGCAAGCGAAGAAGAUAGCCAAGGCUGAUCACCACGACGGUGAAGCCUCGCAUCGCAUCGCGCACACCCUCACAGCCUGCUGCCGAUGUCGUCAGAGGAAAACACGCUGCGAUCCCACCCUGCCCCGUUGCUUGCCGUGCGAGCGUUCGGGCUCGGUCUGCGAGUACUUCGACACCGCCAAGAACAAGAGGAUAAGCCGCUAUUACGUCGUCAAGCUCCAGGAGAAAGUCAGAGCUCUCGAGGCCGAGCUCGGCCAGUACACGGACGAAGACGACCUACCCAAGAACCACGAGGACUUUCUCCGUCCCGGCGGCCUCGUCCGCCUCAACGAGACCGACGAGACUCCCCGCUACCUUGGCCCGUCGAGCGGCAUCGCCAUGACGCGCAUACUCAUGGAGGAAGCCAAACGCUACACCGAUUCGAAGCGCAUAUCCGAGCUGAUACCAGACGUUCGCGAGCGACGACAGCCUCACGCCGCCAAUUUCCCCAGCACACGGUCGCAGUCCUUCGCCAUGCCGCCGACCGUGUCGAGAAAGAAGAGUUACCCUAUCAUCAGUGCUGUUGCGGCGCAGAACCUUCCGAGUAAGGUUAUCGCCGACAGGUUAAUAGAAGUAUUUCAUCAACGAGCCCAAGUGUUCACACCCACUCUCCACGAGAAGGCGUUGGCGUCGACGCUAGAGGAUGUCUACGCCGGAAGCGAAGACCCUUACAAAAACUUCGUAGUGCGGCUCGUCAUGGCGACCAGCAUGCAGAAGCUAGACACCGCCUACGCGGGGCUUGCAGAUAGUUACUACCUGGCUGCCAUGAAGUACUUCGAGGACGUCGUACGGCCCAAGGACCUCAAAACCCUUCAGUGCCUCGUCCUGAUCGGACAGUAUUCGCUGCUAACGCCUACCAGGACUGCGGUGUACUACAUUGCUGGUCUAGCGACGAGGAUCUGCCAGCAGCUCGGUCUGGCCGACGAGAAGACAAUCUCGAUAGGUGCCAACGACCCGCUAACCCUGGAUAUGCGACGGCGAUUGAGCUGGAUCGUCGGCACUAUGGAGCUCGGCCUAGCCCACAGCAUGGGCCGCCCGAACGGAUUCGCCAAAAGCGACGAUAUCAACGAUGUGAGGUUCUUCGAGACAGUAAGCGAUGCGAACAUCAGCGAGGCUGGGAUUACCCCUGGUCCCCCAGACGAGAAGAAGCUCGUUGCUAUUCACUUCUGCAAGAUGCGGCAACAUCAGGCCGAAAUUCGACGGGUCUUGUACGAAAAGAAGCACCCAGAGCCUGCGGACGAUCGCGACCCGUGGUUCGCGCGGAUGGAAGCCACCAUGGAUCAGUGGUUAAAGGAGUCCCCUGAAGCCCCUGCAUGGUGUAGACCAUGGUUUUCGGGACGAUUUCAUACCAUGAUGGUAACACUCCACCGGCCGUCGCCCCAGAUCCCCCGCCCCUCCGUACGGUCGGCGACGAAAUGUUUCGACUCGGCCGCCUUUGUGAUCGACAUGUCUAGCAAGCAGAUGAUGGCAGCAGCCGUCGACAUCACCUGGAUAUUUGUAUUGACUCUUUACAUGUCGCUGAACACCCUCCUCUGGAGCGUUACCUACCCCGAGAUUCGGGCGCUGCAUUCACGAGACGAGGUCCAGGAAUUGGUCAACAUCUCUCUAGAUAUCAUCGACCAGUGUGCCGAGAGGUGGCCGGGCACCACCGCAGCAUCUCAGCUGUACUCGACGUUCACCAAGGCAUGCCUCCAGAGCUACGAAUCCAACGAGACGCCCUCGUCGUCGAGCUCCUUCACCACGCCUCCCUCCCAAAUAGAGAGCGGCUCGCCCUCGGCAUCCGAGAUCUCCAGCGCGACGACUGUAUCCAAGACCGGUGCUCCCGCUUUCAACCCGCCGAACUUCAGCUAUAUCUUCGGUUCGGGGCCGCAAGAGAUGAACAAUUACAAGGUCGAAGACAACUUCCCCUUCCCGCCCACAUUUAGAUCCAAUUCUAUCUUCCUCAACCCCGCCUCGAGCGAUCAUACCGGACGUCGGUUCAGCUAUUUCCCCCCGGAUUUUACUCAGAACGGCGACAUCUCCAUGGACGAGAGCAGCCCCCCGGAUACCGACUCGACGGUUUCGCCGCCGUUCAUGUCCCCCGCGCCGCAGGACCAUCUACCGACACCACCGGAAUCUAUGCAUCCCGGAGCUGCCACCACACCAGGCAUGACAACCCCAAUCCUUUCCACGCCUAUGCUCUCGAAUUCAAGUCUAGCCCAGACCCCCUCCGAAAUGUCGACGCCUAGCACGAUAACGACGACGCCGCAACAGCAGCGCGCUCAGCCGGCGGCUUUCGCGAUCCCGCCGCCACAGCGCGAAAACAAUCACAAUCACAACCAUAACCACCAGUCUCAGGCGCAACGGCCACUACCCCAGGCGACAGAAUGGUUCAACCCUCCGCCGCCGUUCAUGUCGCCGUAUGGGUUCGGCGGGCUGUCGGGGAGCUUCUGGGGUGAUGCAUCGUCACCGCCAUCGGGAGUGCACAACCACCACCACCAUAACGGCUUCGGCGGCGACACAGGCGCCAACGGCAACGGCAUGAACGGAAUCAACGGCAUCGAUGGUAUCAACGGAAUCAACGGCAUGCAGUUCACCCACGGGCUCUCGCCAGAGCGACAAGGCAGCCUCAGCCAGGAGCAACAGAUCGAGCUCAUGGACGUGCUCGAGAACGAGGGCAUGACGGACAUCGACACGUACCUCAACAUGAGCAUGGGGAUGGGGGCGGCGUACCAGGACCAGGACCAGAUGCAGAAUCACAUCAUGGGGUGGGGCGGCCGGUCGUGA